GAAACGAUUUGAUACAGAAUUACGAGAGUGUUUACGGGGAAGAGUGGUUCGGUCUGUGGACCCGACACAUGGAGUUCCUCGAGAAAAUUCAGGAGCUUUUCCCCAAUGGCUUUGUUAAGAAUGACUUACAGAAAGUCCGGUGCCCUAUAUUUGUCAUGCAUGGCGACCAGGACCCGAUAGUAGGUGUGGAGCACUCGCACUACGUAAUCAAGAAUAUCUCGGACUCCCGACUCCACCGCUUCCCCAAAGGCUCCCAUAAUUUGCACUUCACUUUCGCCAAAGAAUUCAAGCAAUUAGUCGAGGAUUUCCUCAGUGACGUCGACGACGGCUAUUAAAGUCGAUGAAAGCGUACAUUAUGUAGUCUUUGACGCAUAAAACUAUUAAAACUACACUUUUUGUCUAAAAC